ACAUAAUAUAAAGAAUUCUGAUUGGUUGAGCUCAAUGUAAACGUCAGUUUGAUCAGCUGGCAGCGGUAAAUACGGAAACAGAUGUGCCCUCCUAACUUUUAAGCCUUAAGAUGAAGCACCGCAGCAAUAAAGUGAACUUCUUGUCAUUUUCAUCUCGGCGUAAGAGAAGAGGCAAUCGGAGGAAAGUUAGGGAACUGUCCAAAAGUCUGUCAGACUCAACAAAUUCAGGACUCGUUGAGGAGAGUGGUGCUUCAUGUACUAUGGAGAUUGAUGUCUCUCAAAUGUUACUUGAUGAUGAUGGUGAUGGGGAUCAUGUCCAGGAGUUAGAUCAUUCAUCAUCAUCUGCUGGCAGUAUGAUUCCAUUCAUAGAUGCAAGCUCUUGGCUAGGAGCGGCUGGAGAACUGAGUCUAACCAAGCUGCCAUCUGCUCUGUAUCAUGUGUGUAAUUGGUGGAAAACCAAAGUGAACGAGAGCUUUGAGCUGGCGAAGGAUGUAGUGUUUCCAUCUCGUGUUUACCGGAGAGAGCUUUAUGCCACUCAGGAGCAGAUUAAUCUCCUACAAGAACAGCUUCAGAGAGUCAAACAAGAGAUGGAAUCUAAGAACUCUGCUACAAACAUUCCUGCAGUCACAAGUUGCUCCCAUUGUUGCUGUCCACUACACAGCUCUACAACCACCACACAUACUGUACUGGGUACAGUACAUCAACUUUUAUCAUUAUCACCAGGAUCCUCAGCUCCACCUACUCUACCACCACCACCACCACCACCACCACCAGCAGCACCACCGACACCACCACCACCAGCAGCUCUUAUGCCUCCCCCUCCUCCUCCCCCGCCGCCCCCCUCCUCCUCCAGCAGUUGCACCACCCAAAGACUGGAGACUAAAUUUACCAAAGAGGAAAAAAGGCCCCAACAGUGGCAAAAAGGAAUCCAAUACGAAUCCUGGGAUUUCUUUGGCUGAUAUCAAAGGAGUGAAACUAAAGAAAGUGGACAGGAAAAAUAAGAAGUCUGGCUCCUCUACAGCAGGUGGUGGUGGUCCUCUUGUAACAUUGUUAGAUCUUCAAGCUGUACAACUCAAGAAAUCCUUCAAGCAUCCAACUCAAUCCACUCAAAUCACAUCUCCCAUGAAUCUUAGGACAAGGCUAUCAUUAGAGGCAAUAGAGUUUAGGACCUCUCUGAAGAGGGUUGGCUUUCCCAGGAGUCCAGGAGGUACCCCGUUACGCACCAAGCCUGCUGAAAGUGGAGUGGGUCUUACUCCUAUCAUGACUAGGGCCCUCAAGAGGAAAUUUAGGAGUGUGACAACUCCUCAUCGAUCACCUUGUAGUAGCGAUACAUCACCUGCCACACCACCGGGGUUUAGAAUCUGAGGUCAAAGGUCACCCAUCCACCAUUCAGAAGAGAACACUUUACAUCUCUACACAACCAAAUAUUUCUCAUGUGACUAUUGAGCUUGUUUCUACAUGCUGAGUUCAUAGCAAAAAAUGAAUAAGGAGACAUCAAACCACCCAAGGGAGAUUUGGGUAUUUGAAGAAAAAAAAUUCUUCACAGUCAGUGGAAAAUGUCCUGUUUUGGUAAGCUUUCACUCGCUGUGCUGCAGGAUUUUUCAGACCUUUGUCAUAGCUGGCAAUGAUGAACUAUAGUGAUAGUGAUGAUGUUG